AUGCCCGAUGAGCUGCUCGCCGCGGAGGAUGUGUGGGGUGGGGAUAUCAUGUUUAUUAAACGCCCCACCCGGUACUACUGCGUGAGCUCCGCCACCUGCAUGGAGGGCGCGGGCGAGGAAACCACCCCAGUCGCGCUGCCGAGUGGGGUGAUCGUCAGUGAGGCGGAGAUCCCGCGGAACGCGCGAAGCCACGGCGAGGACGGGAUUUCAACCAUGCGAGGGGCCCGCCGACGAAACGGCGGGCUUCUGUACCUCAGCCCGAAAACACCGGGGCACGCCGAAGUCGCGCAUCGCAUUUUUAUCACGUAG